AUCGGUUUGUAUAAAAGUUAUUGCUUCUGUUCGACAGGUGCUGCAUUUGUAAUUAAUACAUGUUCUGUGUCUAGCACAGUUUUAAGAUGGCUGACGACCCAAACACACCUCUAACUCCAGGGGUUACUUUGCAAAAGUACACAGAACCUAUGAAAAAGGAUUCACACAAAAUGCCCGAAAAGGAAUCCUUGACACUGGCUCAGAAACUGGAUCUCCGAAUUAAUUUGGUUUUAUUUCGACGUCAGAUAGUUGAUAUGGAAUUCUCGUUGGCCGUGAUUGGAAUAGUAGUGAUGGUGGUGGAAGCAGAACUUUAUAUAAACCAGUCAAUCACAAAGCGCAGUUUAGUUUCCCUGAUGCUGAAGUUUCUGAUUUCGAUAUCGACAUUGCUUCUACUGGUCUUUGUUUGUGUGGGCUAUUACAUAUCCGCGCGUAUUAGAGCCCUCGAUUCUGGCGUUAGAAGCAUUCUGUCCGUAAUGACGUUAGGCAAUUGGAUGUGUUUAUUUUUGGAACUUGCAAUCUGCUCUUUGCACCCCUUUCCUGGAGAUUUCAAGUUUAACUACGCUUCCACCCAAGGAGUGAUUCAUUCCGUAAGCAUUGAUGCAAUUUUAUCUAUCGCCAUGUUAACACGUGUAUAUUUGAUAUGCGAUUUUGCAGUUGUCCACAGUAAUUUGGUGACAGACACAUUUAUAUAUAGUAUUGGUGUAAUGAGCAAAACUAGAAUCGGUACAUCAUUCGUAUUUAAAGCUUUAAUGAACAGACGACCGGGCUUUCUUCUAAUCCUGGUCAUGGUUGUGACUAUUCUAGUAAACACCUGGGCCUACAGAGCCUGUGAACUUUAUUUCGACCGUAACAAGUAUCAAAAGAAUUCUUUUUUUGAAUCUUUAUGGCUGAUCACGAUGGUGUUUAUGUCGUCUGAUCACGGGGAUGUAGUGCCAGAAAGUUACUGUGGCCGCUACGUGUCAGUCGUUACAUCUAUUUUGGGUUUAAUCACCACCGCUCUUCUCAUUGCAAUAAUAGCCCAGCAGGUCGAACACACCCGAAGCGAAAAGCAUGUCUUUGCAUUUGCAUCACGAGUUCAGACAUCUUACAAAAGGAAAUCAGCCGCUGCAAACGCCAUUAAAUCCUUCUUUAAACUAACGGCAUUGACAAAGACUGGCAAAGCAGGACGCGGCGAAAUUUCCAGACUGAAAGACAAAGUAAGACAAUGUCUUAAGACGAUGAGGUCGACGAGAGACGAGAUGAUGGAUAUCUAUGACGAUACAGUGGGUGUGAUCGAUGUGGCGGAAGUGACGUGGAGGAUUGACCAUAGAAUCAGCCUACUUGAGAAUAAAUUUAAUGCACUGGAUACAAAGUUAAAUCUCAUUCUGUCGAAGAUGGAUGAAAAUUAAUAAACGGACAGAUACAAAACGUCGGAAACCAUAGAUGUGUGACCCAAACAUCAUUACAAAAAUACAAGACUUGUACAAAGUCUCAGAAAGUACUGUUACACCGAUGUUCAUGUUUAUUCUUGAAAGGAAAAUUUACCACAGUGACGGUCAUCUAUUUCGUGGAUAUACUGCAAAGGACUGAUAUUUUGCAUACAUCGUACUCUAUUCCCACUAUCCCAAGGAAUUGUUUGUCUAAAAAAAGCAUGAAUACACUUUUUCUUUCAUUCACUCCAGAAUCCUUGUGCAAAAGAAGUGUGGCACUCUUCUCCGCCGGGCAGUGCCUUUUUUACAAACACAAUGCUCUUUGAAGAUUACAUAAAUAACGAGAAAACGUCAUCCCCUCGAACCAAUGUAAAUAGCAGUAUCUUUCUUUGCUCACUAUAACUAUGAACCAAUGAAGCUGUUAGUGGGUAUAAAUUUUACAAGUUAUAACUUUAAUUCUGUACAUCUGAAGUGUUAGCUUUGUCCCUAUACCAGGGUACACUUGACAAUAGUUCUAAGUAUAGUCAACAUUUUCUAAACAAUUUAUUGAAAUGGUAUAAAAUAUAAAUCAAGUGAUGAGAGCUUUGUUGAAAUACGAUGUUAUGUCUCAAUUUUGGGCAUAAUUUUGUUUUUGCAAAUUAAUUUUGUAGUGAAAAUUGUGUUCUUGCUUUAGAUCGGUGGACAAUAGAAACAUAGAAUGAUACAGCACCGUGGUGAACUCUCAGCAAUGUGAUGGAGAGUGAGAACUUACAUGAUUUUUGUUGUUCUUUUUCCUUAUUUUUAAUUUGUAGGUACUUAUGAUUAAUUAAUUAAUAAGUAAUUAUAUGAGGUCAUGCGGCCAUUCAGUGUUUGUAAAUAAUACGAUUUGUACAUGUAUGAUUCUAUUUAAAUGUCUUGUCUUUGAAUAGCUUUCAUGCUGACGUCUUUCACACACGCCCAUCACGUCAAAUGACAAUAGUCUCUGUAUAUCAUAUGUAAUUUUAAGCCAUUGUUUUCUUGCCCGCUUUGUUGAAGACGAUGUUUUGUCCAUCUUGAACGAACAGAAAAUCUGAAAUGGCAAUGAAAAA